AUGAUGAAACAACAACAGCGCGGUUAUAGGCGUUCUCAGCCUCAGCCUCAACAGCACGAGCAUCAGCCUCAACAGCCUCAACAGCAGAAAGAUAAACGAUCAAAGCUGGUGGUCAGAAACCUCCCGUCGACGAUGACGAAAGCGCAGUUUUUAGAUUGCGUGGAGAAAGUGUUGGAGUUUGAGUUUGGACGGGACUUUUCGUAUUUUGACUUUAUGCACGGAAAGACGACAGAGAAGGCGCACGUGGAAGAGUUGAUGUCGUCGUCUUCUGCAUCAUCGACGAGGGAUAAAGAAAACGACGAGAACAAAGGAAAAGGAAAAGAAGAAGAAGAAGAAGAAGAAGAGAAAAAAGAGGAAGAAAACGCAUCGUCGAGAAGGAAGAAAACAAACUCGAACAGCUCGAACAAUAAUAAGCCAAAGAAAGUAAACACGAACGCGAUGGCGUUAAUCGAUUUGUGCACGUCGACAAAAGAACCGGAAAUGAGCGCUUUGAUCGGGAAAUUCGUGAAAGCGUUCGACGGGGCGCCGUUUCAAGUGAAAGGCGAAACGUCGCGAGCGAAAGUGGAGUUUGCGUUGAACCAACGCGUUCCGUUCGCAGCGCAACAAAAGAAGAAGGAAGAUGGUGGUGGUCAAGGCACGGCGAGUGUCUCGAUGCAAACUAACGCACCAUCGUCCUCUUCGGCGAUUUUCAAAGAUGCAGAUUUUCUGAGUUUCAAGAAGACUUUCGAUGCUAACGGUGGUAGGCGCGUCGCGAGUCGUUCGGCGCUCCGAACAGGUCCGGCGCAACCUCGAGACGAACACGGAAAAGAUAACGUGAAAAUAUCCGCGUUGGUCAACUUUGUGGCGAAGAAACGCCACUCGGAGCAAGCGAUAUUGGACAAGGAAAGAAAAGAAGAAGAGCGAAAGCGACUGGCGAAUAUUGCAAAGAAAAAGAAGAAGAAAAAUGCGGCAGGAGGAGGAGGAGGAGGAGGAGGAAACGGCCCCGGACCGGCUUCGAAAGGCAAAAAAAGCGGCACAGUUCGAGGUGGUCACGCAAACCCACCACCCGAGGAAAAGAAGAAAGCGAAGAAGAAAAAGAGUAGCGCGUCAACAGUAGCAGCGGCAGCAGCAACAAAAACAACAACACCGCCGGCACCGAAACCGCCCGGGAACGUUUUGCAAAAGAACAAAAACGGCAAAAAAGAAAAGAAACCAACGGCGGCUUCCGCAGGGGCGGCGAGCGACAACAACACCUCGUCUAAAAAAAAGAGCAUCCCGAUUCCUAAACCAAAGGGAGGUUUAUAG